AUGGCCACCCGGCGCGCCUCCACCUCCGCAACAGCGGCCCCAGCCCCCUCCGCGACAAACGACAUCUGCCCCGUCUGCAAAACAAUGCGCUACCUCAACAAGGACCUCGAAUUCCUCAUCAACCCGGAAUGCUACCACCCAAUGUGCGCAAACUGCGUCGCCCGCAUCUUCUCCGACGGUCCCAACCAGUGCCCCUACGCAGGCUGCCAUAAGACCCUCCGCAAAAAGGGCUUCAAGUCUGCCUACUUUGGCGACCUCACCGUCGAGCGCGAGGUCGACAUCCGCCGGCGCGUCGCCGCCGUCCUCAACAAGGUCGAAGACGAUUUCGAGACGCUGGCCGACUACAACGAGUAUCUAGAAUGGGUAGAGACCCUAACGUUUGACCUCAUCUCGGGAACCGACGUCGAAAAGAAGGCGGCCGAGGGGAGGCUGAUGGAGUGGGAGCAGGCCCACCGCGCCGAAAUCGAGCGGAACCGCAGGCUGGCCAAAGAAUCCGAGGCGGACCGCGUCGCGCGCUUCGAGGCCGAAAAAGAAGAGGCGCGCCUCCGCCGCGCCGAGGCGAUGCAGGAAGACGCGGCCGAGAAGCGCAAAGAGCAGCGGCUGCGCGAGGACAUGCUCAACGGCCUCGCGAGCAGCGACGCCGGCGAGGCGAAGCAGACGCUCAACCGCGUGCUCCUCAAGAAGCGCGGCCAGAACCGCCUCCAGUCCGCCGUGGGCACCCUAUCAGAGGCCACCUCCACCACGGGCGCAGGCGGCCUGUCGAUCCGCGGCCUCAAGCAGCAAAAGAAGCGCGUGGUCGAGGACAGCAAGCCUUACGACCCCUUUGGCGGGCUCAAGCUCGACAUGGAGAGGUACAAGAUGGGACCUUCGGAGGAGUACCGCAACCAGUGGGUCGACGAGGCGAGGAAAAAGGACGAUAUCGUCGUGGGCGGGUACAGCGCCGACGAGUACCUCGGCCGGGCCAUGUUUGAAGCCUUUUCCGGGUUGGCCGUGUUUAUCGAGGAUGAAAAGGGGCCUGAAAAAGUGGCUACCGCCGAGGCGGCAUUGGUCGCGAGUACGGGUCAGACGACGCAAAAGAUGGAUGUGGAUGAUGUCUUUUGA